GGCGCGGCGGCGGCGGGAGUUUGCAGAAUGGCGGCGGCGGAGCCUCCGCGGGACGCGCCGUGGCCUGAGGGUGCGGGAGCCGAGGCCGCGUUCGUGCGCGCGGUGCUGGCGCUGCCCGCAAAGCCCGACACCACCGUGCGCUUCCUGGAGCGCGGCGAUUACUACACGGCGCAUGGCGCGGACGCGCAGCUGGCCGCCCGCCGGCUCUUCCGCACCCGCGCUGUCCUCCGCUACCUGCCCGGCGCGCCCGGGAAUCAGAAACUUGAGAGUGUUGUACUUAGUAAAAUGAACUUUGAAUCAUUUGUGAGAGAUCUACUUUUGGUUUGUCACUACAGAGUUGAAGUUUAUAAGAAUAGGGCGGGCAGCAAAUCUACCAAAGAGAAUGACUGGUAUUUGGCAUACAAGGGCUCCCCGGGUAACCUUGCCCAGUUUGAGGAAAUUCUGUUUGGUAAUAAUGACAUGUCAACUGCCAUUGGAGUUGUGGGUGUGAAGUUGUCUGCUGCCGAGGGGCAAAGAAUAAUUGGAGUUGGGUAUGUUGACACGACACUGAGAAAGCUGGGUGUCUGCGAGUUUCCGGAUAAUGACCAGUUCUCAAACCUGGAAGCUUUGCUAGUUCAGACUGGUCCCAAGGAAUGUGUGUUUCCUGGAGGGGAGACAGCUGGAGAUAUGGGAAAAGUGCGACAGAUCAUUCAGAGAGGAGGAAUCCUGAUUACAGAUAGAAAAAAGGCUGAAUUCACAACAAAAGAUAUUGUGCAAGACCUUAAUCGCUUACUGAAAUCAAAGAAGGAAGAACAGGUGAAUAGUGCAGCAUUGCCAGAGAUGGAAAAGCAGGUUGCCAUUUCAUCCCUGUCGGCUGUUAUCAAGUAUUUGGAGCUGUUGUCAGAUGAAUCCAACUUUGGACAAUUUGAGCUGACUACCUUUGACCUCAGCCAGUAUAUGAUACUGGAUAAUGCAGCUGUCCGAGCCCUUAACCUUUUUCAGGGUUCCUCUGAAAAUGCCAACAGUACGCAGUCUUUGGUUGGGUUGUUAAAUAAGUGCAGAACCCCUCAAGGACAACGACUGGUCAGUCAGUGGAUCAAGCAGCCACUUCUGGACAAGAACAGAAUAGAAGAAAGGUUAAAUUUGGUGGAGACCUUUGUGGUAGACACAGAGCUACGGCAGUGUCUUCAAGAAGACCUUCUGCGUCGUUUUCCAGACCUCAAUCGGCUAGCAAAGAAAUUUCAGAGACAAGCUGCAACCUUGCAAGAUUGUUACCGAAUGUAUCAAGCUAUUAACCAGCUGCCUAAUGUUGUUCAGGCACUGGAAAAACAUGAAGGAGUGCACCAGAUGUUGUUGUUGACAGUGUUUAUAACACCUCUUCAUGAUAUCUACUCUGAUUUCUCCAAGUUUCAGGAAAUGAUAGAAACAACUUUAGACAUGAGUAAGGUGGAAAAUCAUGAAUUCCUUGUAAAGCCUUCUUUUGAUCCUAACCUGACAGAAUUAAGAGAGAAGAUGAACAAAAUAGAGGAGUCCAUGCAAUCUUGUCUUAAGACAGCAGCUAGAGAGCUAGGGUUGGAGGCUAGUAAGAGCAUCAAACUGGAGUCUAGUGCACAGUUAGGGCAUCACUUCCGAAUUACCUGCAAAGAAGAGAAGGUCCUCCGGAACAACGCAAAAUAUAAAAUCUUAGACACACAGAAGAAUGGUGUGAAAUUCACUAACAGUAAAUUGAGCUCCUUCAAUGAAGAAUACUUAAAAUACAAAGAGGAGUAUGAAGAGGCCCAGGAUGCCAUUGUUAAAGAAAUCAUCAACAUUGCUUCAGGUUAUGCAGAGCCAAUACAGACAAUGAAUGAUGUGAUAGCUCAGUUAGAUGCUGUUGUCAGUUUUGCUCAUGUAUCAAGUGGAGCCCCUGUGCCAUACGUCCGCCCAGUCAUUUUGGAGAAGGGACAAGGACAGAUUGUGUUGAAAGGUUCCAGACACCCUUGCAUCGAAGUGCAAGAUGAUGUAGCAUUCAUUCCCAAUGAUGUCACCUUUGAGAAGGGCAAGCAGAUGUUUCAUAUUAUUACUGGACCUAACAUGGGAGGGAAAUCUACAUACAUUCGCCAGGCUGGAGUGAUAGUUCUUAUGGCCCAAAUUGGAUGCUUUGUACCAUGUGACUCGGCAGAAGUGACUAUUGUGGAUUGUAUCCUGGCUCGGGUAGGAGCAGGAGACAGUCAAUUAAAAGGAGUCUCUACUUUCAUGGCAGAGAUGUUAGAAACUGCUUCAAUUCUUAGGACUGCCACAGAAAAUUCUCUGAUAAUCAUUGAUGAGCUGGGAAGAGGAACUUCAACAUAUGAUGGAUUUGGGCUGGCCUGGGCAAUUUCAGAAUACAUUGCAAGCAAAAUUCAUGCCUUCUGCAUGUUUGCCACACAUUUUCAUGAACUGACAGCACUUGCUGGCCAAGUGCCAACUGUCAAUAAUCUGCAUGUCACAGCACUUACUACUGACGACACACUGACUAUGCUUUACCGUGUCAAAAAAGGUGUUUGUGACCAGAGCUUUGGGAUACACGUGGCAGAGCUUGUUGCUUUUCCAAAACAUGUAAUAGAGAGUGCAAAAGAGAAAGCUCUGGAGCUGGAGGAAUUCCAAAACAUUGGAGAGCCCAAGGAAUCUGAAGGAGAGCCAGCAGUGAAGAGAUGCUACCGAGAAAAACAGGAAGGUGAGAAAAUAAUUCAGGACUUUGUUUAUCAAGUGAAAGCAUUGCCGUUGACAGACAUGUCUGAGGAAGACAUCAGAACGAAACUGAAACAACUGAAAGCUGGAGUGCUGGCAAAGAAUAACAGUUUUGUAAAUGAAGUUAUUGCCCGAACAAAAGCCACUUCAUGAAAAAAGCCAAAUGAGACAUUUCAUUAAGAGUAUGUUUUAAAUUGCAAGAACUAUCAUUUUCUGUCUUGUAAGGUUUAGACUUUAUAAUACUUUGCAUUGAUCACUAGUGCAAUUUUUUUCUCUCUGUGUAAAAUUUUGAAACUGUCAGAGUACAUACUGUACUAGCUUAAUAACUUAGUAAUGAUUAUCUGUGAUUUUUUUUUCAAAAUUUUCAAUAAAAUUGUUUUCCUAAUGUUG